GCUGACAGAUCCGCUACGCUAGCGUACUACUGACAUGUCAGGAUGUCUGGCUCCCUGCUUUCUGGCCAGAGAACUGAACAACCCUGACAUCCGCACUAUUGACCCAACAACUGAUGCACGUGACCCGUGUUAAUUUUUUGCAGGACAAUCCCACAGUCUCAUCGCGAAUUGUCCGGUCAUUCAAUUAUUCAUCAUCGACGGUGGCUCCGGCCAGUUUUCACGCGCCAGGCUGGACAUGGGACACCAGCACAUGGUCAGCACAGUCAUAACUUUCCGAACUUUUUCUGUGUUGGAGUUAUUAUAAAAUCGCUGCGGGCCGUUUCGUGGCCCGCCACUCUCUCUUCGUAUAAAUAAAAUUGAGGUCGACCAGCAAGUGAGGCCAUUCAAGCUAAUUCCAUGAUUCUUGCUCGACUCUUAGCAUUUGUCCCACUUUUUACCCUUUCUCUGGCACAAAACCAGGGGUGUACACUCACACCGUCACCGACUGGGGAUGAUGCUCCCCAAUUUCGCGCAGCUGGACAUGACUGCUCGGUCGUCACGAUAUCAAAAGGGACGACACUGAAUAUCGCAACAAAGCUAGAUAUGACGGGCUUGUCCAACACUCAUAUUAAUCUGCAAGGAACUAUUCGUUUCAACCCGAAUAUAACCUAUUGGCUCGCCAACUCCUUCCAAUUCUUCUUCCAAAAUCAGUCCACCUUCUGGUUACUUGGUGGCACAAAUCUUGUGCUAAACGGAGGCGGAACGAUUGACGGUGCCGGCCAGGCGUGGUAUGAUGCCCUUGCGCGUAAUUCUACUCUUCAGCGUCCGAUUACCAUGACCAUAUUCCAAGGUCAAAACGUCGUUGUGGAGAAUAUCAAGAUGAUCAACGGACCCAACUGGUUCAACUUGGUCAACGAGUCGCGCAACGUAACUUACCGUAAUAUCACGAUCAAUGCAGCGUCGACUUCAGCUAACGGACCUCAUAAUACUGACGGAUGGGAUACAUACCGAAGCGACAAUGUUGUCAUUAAGGACUCUGUCAUUAACAACGGGGACGAUUGCGUGUCAUUCAAACCGAAUACAACCAACACUAUUGUCUCGAACCUGGACUGCACCGGCUCUCACGGUAUCUCUGUCGGAUCUCUCGGCCAAUACCAAGACAUGUUCGAUAUUGUCGAGAAUGUCACGGUGUUCAACGUCAAAUUGACUAAUGCUCAAAAUGGUGCCCGAAUCAAAGCAUGGGCAGGUGCCAAUGUAGGAAGUGGUAUUGUCAAGAAUAUCACGUACACCAAUAUAACGGUCAAUAAUGUGGACAAUCCGGUCACCAUUGAUCAGUGUUAUAUGACCGACCAGGCUGCCUGUUCAGCCAAUCCGUCAAAUACGUUCUUGCAAGAUAUAUUUUUCAACGGGAUUACUGGUACAGGCUCGGGAUCUACGGUCGCCACCCUCAAAUGUUCCCCGGACGGCAGAUGCAACAAUAUCAAUGUCAAUGGUUUAAAACUGAGUCCCAAAAACGGCGGAACUCCUCAAUUCGUAUGUCAAAACGUCGUUUUGAAUGGAAACUCUGCGGGCUUGUUCCCAAAAUGUACGACGACAUAGACAAAGCAAAAUAGCAUUGAACUUAUCGGUUGAUACCUCUUAACGUACACGAAUACGUUGAUUAUCCUUCUAUCUUGAAACAAUCGUUACUUCCAGC